UCUCAUUGUGCCCGUAAACCUUAGUAGCUUCUAGGUCCCUCCUCCUCUGGUUGUUGCAUUGUUGUUGACAGAAUUCAAAGAUGGCGACUGGCGCCGCUUGAUUAUCGGGGACCAGUGGAGGGAAAAUACUGGAAUCCCCCCAGAGUCUGACUGUCCUCGCAGUUUGCAGAGUGGGUGAGUUAUGGCUUUCGAGGAGGUCAAGAAGAAGGGAGUUAUGGACGUGUCAUUGAUGGAAGGAGACAUUGGCUUGGUGGCGGGUCGUAGCCAGCGGGAGAAGAGGCGCUCCUAUAAAGACCUUCUACGAGAGGAAGAGGAAAUCGCUGCGCAGGUGCGCAAAUCCUCAAAGAAACGUCCUAAGGACUCAGAGCUGUUCCUGUUGGGUGGAGACUUGCACAAAAAGAAGAAAAAACACAAAAGCGAUGACUACUAUUACAGAGAUCACCAUGGCUCAGGCCCUCCUCCCCACAAGAAGAAGCGCAAGUCAUCGGAUCGCUCGCCGCCCCUCUCCUCCUCCUCGCAGCAUCACUCCUCCCACUCCACGGACACGGCCAUGGGCCUCCUCCAGGCCAUCACCUCCCCUCUGGCCACCGGCUCGGACCCUGGCCCCCAUCUGCACAGGAAGCCCUCCUACCCCGUCUCGUCCUCACAUUCCUCCCACUCGUCCAAGGAGCGCAAGCGGGAGGGAGGCAGUGGCGGCGGCGGCGGCGGCGGCGGCGGUGGUGGAGGUGGAGGGGGCUCUGGCUCGUCCAAGUCAGGAGGACACUCCUACCCUCCUCACCAGCGCUCCGGUGGCGGCACGUUGUCAUCGUCUGCCGCUGGGUCCUCCUCCAAGAAGCACUCGCACUCUUCGUCCUCCUCCUCGCGGUCAUCGCUGUUCCACGCCGGCAGCGGCGGUGGCGGUGGUGGCGGUGGUGGUGGUGGAGGGAGAGGGGAGCCCCUGACGCUCCGGGAAGCGGAGGGGCUCAAAAUGAAGCUCAUCCUCUCGCCCAAAGAAAAGGACGCGCCAGCGUCUGAGAGCUUCCCUUCCUUCCCCGGCACGCACUCGUCCUCGUCCACCAACCCCUCCUCAGGCCUCACGUCGCCCUUGUCCUCCUCGUCUGCCAUGAAGAAGAGCAGUGGGAAGAAGGAGAAGGAUCGUGACAGGGACAGGGGAUCGCAGCCUAAACCCAUCAAGAAGAAGCUACAGAACCUGGAGCCACUGCCUGUUGUGGGCAAGGAGGUGGAGGUGGAGGGGCAUUAUGGGAGCUCUCUGGGCUCACUGGGGGGAGACAGCUCCUCCUCAGGAGGCGAACUGGAGGCGGGAGAGUUGGUCAUCGACGACACAUACACCCACCUCUCCAAGAAAAAGAAGAAGAGCAAAAAGAGCAAGAAAAAGAAGGAGAAAGAGAAGGACAGGGACAGGGAGAAAGACAAAAGCUCAAAAGAGAAGAAGCAUAGUAAAGGAAGCAGCAGUAGCAAGAAGGGUCACUCAGAUCCCUCUAGAAGCCACUCCCAUUCCCAUAGCGCAGCCAAUCACAGCACUUCAGGUGGGAUGUAUCCCAUAGCCACCCCAGUCCCCUCGCAUCACCACACCAGCAGUGACAUAACGAGCGAGAAGAAGAAAAAGAAAGAGGAGAAAGAUCGGGACAAACAUGACAAAGACAAGCAGCCCAAAAAGAAAAACACGACGGCAUAUCAGGUAUUUUGUAAGGAAUACAGGGUCAACAUCAACGCCGAGCAGCCUGGACUGGUGUUCGGCGAGCUGAGCAAAAAGCUUGCAGAGGUGUGGAAACAACUUCCGGAGAAGGACAAAUUGGUAUGGAAGCAGAAAGCUCAAUACUUGCAGCAUAAGCAGAACAAAGCUGAGGCCACCACUGUCAAGCGCAAGAGUUCAGCCUCCGAUGGUAGUAAAAGUAAAGGUUCCAGUAAGGGUCUAGCGGCAGGCUUGUCUCCUGGGAGAGCCUCCAUAGGAGCAUCACUGUCGCCGGCACGCGUCCCUGAGGUGGACCCCAUCGACGCCGCAGCCCACCUGCAGCUCCUGGGCGAGUCGCUGUCCCUCAUUGGUCACCGGCUUCAGGAGACCGAGGGUAUGGUGGCAGUUUCCGGAAGCCUGUCUGUGCUGCUGGACUCCAUCUUGUGUGCUCUCGGCCCCCUCACCUGUCUAACAGCUCAGAUCCCGCAGCUCAACGGCUGUCCGCGCAAUGUCCUGUCAAAGACGCUGGACAACAUAGCUUACAUCAUGCCUGGACUAUGAGGAUCAUCCCUCCUUUUGUUGCGCAACAGGAAGGACGUCCGUCAAAGGACUCUUUGAAAAGACAUUAAAGCAUCCUUGGAAUUUAAAGGGUGGACUUGUAGUGUCCUGCCACAAACUGACAUGUUUUUAAUGCAUUUUAAAAAAAUUCUUAGUUAUUUUUUAUUGUUAUUUUUUAAGGAAAACAGGAAUUUCUAUUUUAGAGAGCGCUUUGAAAUUUUAUGUCUGAAUUCAUUAGGUGUUACUGUUACUUUAUGCUUGUGUGACUGUGAGCACUUAUGUCUCUGUGUGGAAAAUGCAUUGUUUGAUUGUUAAUGUACAUUUGUAUGUGUUUGAGUGUGGAUGUGGAUGUAUUUGUUACUGCCUCAUUUUAAAGCAUCCGUCUUGUCCAAAAAAUAAUAAUUUUUUACUCAAAUGUAACAGGUCAGGGUCCAACCUAGUUUUAUGCUUUUGUUAAUGUACCAUGAAGAUAAUAUAUAGCACUUUUUUCAGCUGUAGUUUCUCAUUGUAUUUUGUAUGUGUAUGAUCCAAAAAAUCAUGCAAAAAAUGUAAAAUUAGGAGAGAAAAAGCAUGG